CCCUUCCUUCCUUCCUUCCUUCCUUCCUUCCUUCCUUCCUUCCUUCCUUCCUUCCUUCCUUCCUUCCUUCCUUCCUUCCUUGAAGGUGAUGGAUUUGAAUCAGGCUCUACUUUUCCUGGCCCGCAUCCUGCUCCUUCUUGGCCUUCCUGGCCUCCAGGUCCUGGCGCAUCAGGGAUGUGAGCAUGGACACUUCACCCUGGCUGGAGACUGCUGCGAACUCUGCCCUCCGGGUUUUGGGGCCAGCGUCCCCUGCGGAAGCGCCAACACCAAGUGUGAGCCCUGCCAAGAAGGUGUUACGUUCUCCUCCGUCUUCAGUGCCACGGAACCAUGCUGGCCAUGUUCCCCCUGCCCUGGCAACGUGCCGGCGCUGGAAGCAUGUGCUCCGACUCGCGACACCGUCUGUGCUGCCCGCUGUCCCCGGGGCCACUUCCAAGACCUGCAACCGGGGGCAAACGGGAGCCGUUUGGGUGGCCGGUGUGUCCCCUGCCAGCUGUGCCCUGGGGGCUACGGAGCAGCCAAGCCUUGCAGCCCCAGCGCUGACACCACCUGCCAGAAGUGCCCGCCGGGCUACUACUCCGAGGUUAAGAGCGCCUUCGAGCCCUGCCUGCCUUGCCGGCGCGAGUGCGGACCCAACGAGGUCAUGAUCCAGGCCUGCAGCCCGCUCUCGGACACGCUCUGCAUGGACAAAGAGCUGCAGAUCCUGAAGCGGACGGAAGGAGAUCCCCGGAAGGACGUCCCCAAAAGGAACCCCCAUUUGGACACGGAGGGCUUUGGCAACACUUCCUCUCCUGGUUUCACGGCCGAGGAGGAGGACAACAGCAAGGACAUCAUCCCCGUCUACUGCUCCAUCCUGGCUGCUGUGGUGGUGGGACUCCUGGCUUACGUGGCCUUCAAGUGUUGGACAACCUGCAAGCAGAAGCACCAGCUGGCCAAGGCCCGGGCCGGAGAGGCAGUGAUGUCCCCCGAAGGGGAGAAGCUUCACAGUGACAGCGGGGUCUUCCUCGACACCCACAGCCUCCAGGAACACCACCCACUCAACAAGGCGCAUAGGGCCGAACCCCGCUUGUUUGUGAACCUCCCUCCGCACAAGAAGGAGGAGGUGGAGCGUCUGCUGGAGGCCCCCAACCAUGGCAAGGACUGGCGCCGCCUGGCCGACCGCCUGGGCUACGAGGACGAGACUAUCGAGAUCUUUGGUCGUGGGGAGGCCCCCGCCCACACACUGCUCUCCGACUGGUCAUCCAAGGAGGGGGCCACGCUGGAGGCCCUGAGUGCGGCCCUCAUGGCCAUUGAAAGGGAGGACGUGGUGGAGAACUUGAACUCUCCAGCUGAGAUCAGCUCCGUGGUGUGAGGAGGAAACUGAACGACGGGUGGACAUUUGGAGUUGUUUUGAUUUGUUGAUUGAGUUUGACUAAGAACAGGGUAUGGAGGAAAACCAGGGACGGGGAACCUUUUGUUGUUGUUAUUGUAAAGGGGUGGAAAAGUGACCUUGAGCAGACAGUGGACUUGGUGAAUGCCAGUGUGACCUCCUAGAUGGACAAUGAUGCUCACAUUGAAGAGAUGCAACUGAACUCAGUCUAUAGACUGCUGAUUUGGAGACUUUCAACGUUGUGAGAUUAUGUAGGUCGACAUCCAUGGGAUCAAUGAACACCAACAUGAGGUUAUAUCAAGGAGAUGAAACUGUAUUGUUCCAUGGGUAAGAGAACGAACUGAGACUGUUUGCUGAUUUGAAGACCUCUAUCAUCUAGAGCUCAUUGAGGUUGACAUCCAUGGUUUCAGGAAAUACCAAUAUGAACUUCUAGAUGGAUAACCUAUGGACAUUGAAGAGCGGGAGAUCCUCUAAGCCCCAAAGAUCAACUAGGUUGACAUCUGUGUAGUCAAUGAACAUCUGUUGUUCCAUGCGUAGGACAAGGAACUUCCUUUUUGCAAAUCCGAGCUCUAAAGAUCAUGUAGGUUGAUAUCAGUGGAGUCAGUGAACACUAGUGUGACUUCCUGGGAAGAUUGAAGAGAUGCAACUGUAUUGAUCAAAGUGUAGGACAAAGAACUUAACCUGCUUGCCAAUUUGGAGAUCUCCAUGUCCUGUAGUGGACACCUAUGGGGUUAAUGAAGACCAGUGUGACCACCUGGAUAUCUUGAAGAGUUGCAACUGUACUGAUCUAUAGGCAGGACAAGGAACUCAACCUGUUUGCAGAUUUCCAUGAUCUAGAGAUCAUGUCAGUUGACAACCGUUGGGUAAUGGAACAUCUAUGUGACCUCCUGGAUGGAUGACCUAUUAGUAUAUUGAAGAGAUGAAACUGUUAGUUCUAUGGGUAGCACAAUGAACUCUCUUUUUGCAAACAUAGGAACCCCCAAGCUCUAGAGUUCACGUAGGUUGACAUCCGUGGGUCAGUGAACAUCAAUAUGAUCUCCUGUGUUGCGGGAUAGGUUUGUGACUUAUAGUUUUCCAAUCACACCCUCCCUGGAGCCACUACACACUGGACAAACGAUAGGGUAAGCAAAACACAGCAGAGUCCAUUCACAGCAACUAGCAGUUUUGGUCAGUUAAUCAGUCUUAUUGGCAGAGUACAACUGCAACGUCUCACCUUCUUCAGAACAUUGUUUAGUAAAUUCACAGAUUCAGUUUGCAUCCAGAAUAUCAGGAGGCUUUCAUCUUGACAUAUUGCACUAUUUACAGCUGUACACAGAUUUCCAAAUACAAUCAGGAUUUGUACGUAUAAACAAUUAGCAGAUACAGAGAUGUACUUGCGACAAUGUUCUCCCAGCAAGUGAGAGAUUGAGCAUUUGCGCUCUCCUUUUAUAACCAACUGCUGACGUGUCAUCAGUAAGGGACAACUGAAUGAUGCAACCCCUUGUCAUAAACCUCACAUGAUCAUGACUCAUCCAUGUCUGCUGGUCCCUUAGGUAUUUCAUCAUGACCCUCUCAGUCAUUCCACAGGUGUGUUAUCACAUGUCCAGUAGAACUGUAUUUUACACAUAGACUCAAUGCUGGAGCAUUUCUAUCCAAAAGAGACGUCACUGCAUUGAUCCAUGGGUAGGACAAAGAACUGGGCCCGCUUGCCAAUUUGGAGAUCUCCAAACUCUACAAAUCAUGUAGGUUGACAUCCAUGGAGUCAAUGAACACCAGUGUGUAUAUUGUUAGGGAUGCAACUCUAUUGAUCCAUGAGUAGGGCAAAGAAUGGAACUUGUUAGAGAUUAUGUAGGUUAACAUAUGUAGGUCAAUGAACGCCAACACGAUCUCCUGGAUGGAUGACCAAUGGGCACAUUGAAGAGAUGCAACUGUGUUGAUCCAUGGGUAGGACAAAGAACUGAGUCUGCUUGCUAAUUUGGAGAUCUCCAAACUCUACAAAUCAUAUAGGUUGACAUCCAAGGAGUCAAUGAACACCAACAUGACCUCCUGGGUAUGUUGUUAAGAAUGUAUUGAUCCAUGGGUAGGACAAAAAAUGGAGCCUGCUAGAAAUUAUGUAGGUUGACAUAUGUAGGCCAAUGAACACCAACACGAUCUCAUAGGUGGAUGACCUAUGGGCAUAUUGAAGAGAUGAAACUGUGUUGAUCCAUGGGUGGGACAAAGAACUGUAUCUUUCUACAAAUUUGGAGACCUUCAAACUCUAGAAGUCAGGUCAAUGGACAUCCAUGAAGUCAGUGAACACCAACAUGACCUCUUGG